CUGCGACCUUCUAGAAUAGUUCUCCUAGCGUGCUUUGUCCAUAUAGCAUCUUAGCUCUUUCUAGCACUAUCUGGAUCCAAUAUUUUUCGCUGAAAAAUUAGCCUUUCCACCAAAUACUCCCCAUCACCACAUUAUUUAUCACCAGUCACUACUGCUGCCCAAGUUUUCAUCAGUAUUGUGUGCUGAUAUUGAUACCAAUUGUCUAUUUAUUCUACUAAUUCCAUCAUUGAACCAAAUUGUUCAACAUUUCCACUGCUAGUAUUCAUUAAUUCAAGAUGUUCAAAGUGGCUAGAAUUCCCAGAGUCUCAGCAAGGCUCUUACCCAAGUGCAACUCCAUUUCGGUGCUUCGCUUCAACUCCAACCAAACCAAUUUCCAUCGUCCAGACAAGGCUGGUUCUGAGGACGCGACUGAGGCUGCUGAUGCUGCUGCUACGCUUUUAGCAGAAUUGAGAGACAAGCAGACCAACCCAAACAAAGCCUCAUGGCUAGAAGCCUUGAGAGAACGCGAAAAACAGAAAGCUGAAGGUAAGAUAUUAGACAGUUACAGCUAUGUAACUCCUGUGACCACUGAGAUCGGCGAAAAGACCAGAGGAGACUCGUUCACUUACUUGACAUUACCUUUUAAGGACGACAAGUGGCUUUGCGAUGCUUAUAUCAACGCCUUUGGAAGAUUGAGAGCUGGUCAGUUGUUCCAGGACUUGGAUGCUUUGGCCGGGAGAAUUGCUUACAGACACUGUUCUCCUGCAGAACCUGUUAAUGUUACUGCUUCGGUCGAUAGAAUUUACAUGGUGAAAAAGGUAGAUGAAAUCAACAACUACAACUUCGUUUUGGCUGGUUCCGUUUCAUGGACUGGAAGAUCGUCUAUGGAAAUCAGCGUAAGAGGGUAUGCUUUUGAAGACUCCAUCCCGGAAACGAUCACCGAAGAAACAUUACCCCAGGAGAACAUCUUCUUGACUGCCAACUUCACGUUUGUAGCUCGUAAUCCUAUUACUCAUAAGUCAUUUGCUAUCAACAGACUCUUGCCCGUUUCUGAAAAGGAAUGGAUGGACUAUAGACGUGCUGAGUCGCACAAUGCUAAGAAGAAGUUUGCUGCCAAGAAUGCUAAAGUCCUUGAGCCUACUGAUGAAGAAUCCAGAUUGAUCUACGAUAUGUGGAGUUCAUCCCAGGCUUUAAAGAGUGCAGAUGGCCCUCCACAAACAGGCGUGGCAUUCAUGAAAGACACCAAAGUCAGUUCGACUCUCUUCAUGCAACCCCAGUACAGAAAUAGACACUCGUAUAUGAUUUUUGGUGGCUACUUGUUGAGACAAACUUUCGAGUUGGCUUAUUGUGCUGCCGCUGAUUUUGCUUCUGCUGGUCCCAGAUUCGUUUCUUUGGACUCCACCACCUUCAAGGCACCAGUUCCUGUAGGCUCUGUAGUUUCUAUGGAUGCUUCUGUCUCCUAUACGGAACAUAUCCACAAGGGUCCUUCUGACAUUGAUGCCGAUUCUCCUUUCAACUUUAAAUUGCCAGCUACAAACAAGCUUUCAUCCAAUCCUGAGGCUUUCUUGUCUGAGCCAGGAACGUUGAUCCAAGUUAAAGUGGAUACCAAGAUCAAGCUUUUGGACUCUAGUUCUAAGGAAUCAGGUACUUUCAUCUACUCAUUCUUCGUGCCCAAGUCUAGCUACAAGGGUAAACCAGGAUACUCUUCUGUCAUUCCCCAGACUUAUUCUGAAAUGAUGACAUACAUUGCCGGUAGAAGAAGAGCUCAGGACACGGCUAAUUUCGUCGACACCUUACCUAAGUAACUUUUAAAUUUAUAGAACUCCAAUUAAUACAAGGCUACAUGGUACUCUUCUACUAUAUUUGUAGUGGAGAUUAUGGUGUUUUAC